GGAACUCUAGGCUUGGUAGACACAAGUUUCGGUUAUCAGGCACCAAAACAAUUGUGGCUUGAUGCAGCCAAAGCGAAGGGUUUGCAACUCGAAGGUACUUUCGUUCGUCGCGCAGGGAACAUUAAUAUGGAAAUGACCCUGACUAAUAAGGCAAUGCAACCCCUUUCGGGAUUCGCGAUUCAGUUCAACAGGAACUCGUUUGGAUUGGCUCCAGCUGAACCUCUCAGGGUUCCGUCUCCACUGAUGCCAAGCCAGAGCGUCAAUGUUACUCUGCGAUGUGAUACAUCAGGAGGUGUUCAGAAAAUGGAACCGCUUACCAAUUUACAGGUAUGUUUUAUUGAAACCUAG